AUGCCCUUAUAUGCAAAGCUCAUGAAGGAGUUAAUUUCCAAGAAAAGAAAUUGGAGGGAGAAUGAAACCGUGGUGCUUACCAAGGAGUGUAGUGCCAUUAUUCAAAAGAACCUGCCUGAGAAAUUGAAGGAUUCAGGAAGCUUUGUGAUAGCUUGCACCAUUGGAGAUGUGACUGUUGAAAGGGCUUUGUGUGAUCUUGGAGCUCGUAUUAAUCUCAUGCCAUUAUCCUUAAUGUGCAAGCUCCAAAUUGAAGAGGUAAAACCUACCCAAAUCUCUUUACAACUUGAUGACCGUUCUUUGAAACUUCCUUUAGGUGUUGUUGAGAAUUUACUGGUAAAGGUGAAGACAUUCAUAUUCCCUGCAGAUUUUCUCAUCUUGGAUAUGGAAGAGGAUGUCAAUGCCUCUAUUAUAUUGGGGAGACCUUUUCUUGCUACAGGGAGAGCAUUAAUUGAUGUUCAAAAAGGUGAAUUAAUAUUAAGGGUGAAUGAUGAACACAUUGUGCUCAAUGUAUUUAAAGCUCUACAGCAUCCUAAUGAUUACACAUAUUGCAUGAAAAUUGACAUCAUUAAUCCAUUGGUGCAAGAGACAUUAGAAGAAGAAGAACUUAAUGAAUCACUUAAGUCCUCUGUCAAAGUUGAAGUUGGUGAGAUUGAAGAAAGAGCACCACCCAAGGAAGUAUCAUACAUUCCUUCAACGGAUGAGGGACCACUAAAGCUUGAAUUAAAGCCUCUGCCUCCUUCUCUAAAAUAUGCUUUCCUUGGAGAGUCAGAGGCAUAUCCUGUGAUCAUUAAUUCUUCAUUGAACACUUGUGAAGAGGCGUUAAUCAAGGUGCUAAAGGAACACAAGACAGCAAUUGGAUGGACUAUUGGUGACCUUAAGGGAAUAAGUCCUACUAUGUAUAUACACAAAAUUCUACUUGAAGAAGAUGUUAAACCAAUAGUACAAGCACAAAGAAGCCUUAAUCCUACAAUGAAGGAAGUGGUCUAG